AUGGCGACCGUCACCGAGACCCAGACGAAGACCCAGGAGCCCACCCUCGACGGCUACGACGAGGAGCAGGUCCGCCUCAUGGAGGAGCGCUGCAUCCUCGUCGACGAGAACGACAAGACCUACGGCGAGGGCUCCAAGAAGCGCUGCCACCUCAUGACCAACAUCAACGACGGACUGCUGCACCGCGCCUUCUCCGUGUUCCUCUUCCGCCCGUCCGACGGACGGCUCCUCCUCCAGCAGCGCGCCGAGGAGAAGAUCACCUUCCCGGACAUGUGGACGAACACCUGCUGCUCGCACCCGUUGUACAUCAAGUCUGAGCUCGUCGACGAGGGCCAGGCCGGUGUGCGCGCCGCCGCGAUCAGGAAGCUGCCCCACGAGCUCGGCAUCCCCGCCGAGCAGCUCUCGCCCGAGGACUUCACCUUCCUGACGAGGAUACACUACCUCGCGCCCUCGGACGGCAUGUGGGGCGAGCACGAGAUCGACUACAUCCUCUUCGCGACCAAGGACGUGACGCUCGACCUGCAGCCGAACGAGGUCAAGGACGCGCGCUACGUGUCCAAGGAGGAGCUCGAGGCUAUGUUCAAGGACCCGGCGUACAAGUUUACGCCGUGGUUCAAGCUGAUCGCGCGCGACCUCCUGUUCCCGUGGUGGGACCAGAUGAUUGAGAAGAGCAAGGCGCUCGGCGGUGACGUCCGCGCCGACGUGCUCGCGAACGGACCCCAGAUCAACGACCUCAUCAAGAUGACUUAG